AUGUCACGAAAACGAGCUAAAUAUUUAGUGGAUUUAGCCAAAAAGGAGAAAAAUUCAUUGAAGGGUUUUGAUAAAAAUGGUGAGAUACCGCUUCAUACUGACGAGAGAGAGUCCUUGCCAUUACCUGCCGAAGUUGAUAAUCCUGAAUUCGUGGCUUUGUAUAAUCACGUCAUGUUUGAAGAGCCUAUUCAAGAGCAUGAUUAUUCUAUAGUCAGUUCUGCAAGCCGAGAUAUAGAAAAUUACAAAAAUGAUGUAGUAUUACAAGAUAUAAAUUUGAAUGACUUGGGGUUUCCUAAAACUCCACUUAAUAUUUAUUCACCAAAUGUAUUGACUUCAACCAGAAAACCUUCUCCAUUGACAACUCCACCAAUUAUGGAACCUUUGUUUUCAUUCGUCCCUAAUGAUUCUUCUGACAGCGUAGAUAAUACCCCCGUACCUUCACCUUAUAGUGAUUUUUCGGAAUCUUCACAAAGUUUAAACGGUACUUUAGUGCCGACUUCUUGCCAAGAAACCGAAGAUAGAACACUCACACCAAAAAUCAGUACGUCCGUCCAGAAAAGUCUUCCUGAUUCGCAUAUGGUUAACUGA